CCCCCGCCGCCGCGGCCCGAGGGCGGCGGGCUGAGGACGGGCAGCUCGCUGCACCUGCAGUCCCGCAGGCUGUCCAACUCCUCGGUCUCCUCCACCGGCUCCUCGUCCCUCCUGGAGGACUCGGAGGACGACGUGCUGAGCGACACGGAGUGUAGGAGCCAGGGCAUCGUGCACUUGGAGCACGGCGAGGACACCAGCCAGUCUCCUGUGUCAGAUGCUCAAAAUAAAAAAAAAUCAGGCAUUUCCCAGCAGAAAAAGGCUUGGCACACAAUUAAAACCAUGGUUAACUUACCAGUCAUCAGCCCCUUCAAGAAACGCUACUCGUGGGUGCAGCUGGCUGGGCAUACAGGGAGUUUCAAGGCAGCUGACAGUGGGAAGAUUCUCAAACGUUUCUCAGAGAAUGAGAAGGAGUGUUUUGAGCGAUUGAUGAAAGACCCACUACGCUCCUGCGUCCCUUGCUUCCAUGGUGUGGUGGAGAGAGAUGGCGAGAGCUACAUCCAGCUCGAUGACUUGCUUACUGAUUUUGAAGGGCCAAGUGUGAUGGACUGCAAGAUGGGGAUCAGAACAUACCUGGAGGAAGAGUUGGCUAAGGCACGAGAGAAACCAAAGCUGCGUAAGGACAUGUACAAGAAGAUGAUUGAGGUGGAUCCUCUUGCUCCCACGGCUGAGGAGAAUGCCCAGCAUGCUGUCACCAAACCCCGCUACAUGCAGUGGAGAGAAACCAUCAGCUCUAGUGCCAACCUGGGCUUCAGGAUUGAAGGGAUUAAGAAGGCAGAUGGAACAUGUAACACAAACUUCAAAACUACAAAGACACAGGAGCAAGUUCUACAGGUUUUUGUGGAAUUCAUUGAGGGCAACACAACUAUUCUGAAAAAAUACCUCAAACGUCUGCAGGAAAUUAAUGUCAUUCUUGAAUCCUCAGACUUCUUCAAGCGACAUGAGGUCGUAGGAAGUUCACUACUUUUUGUACAUGAUGGCAGUGGGAAUGCCAAUGUGUGGCUGAUCGAUUUUGGGAAGACCACCCUUCUUCCUGAUGGGCAGACACUGGAUCACAGGAUCCCCUGGCAAGAAGGCAACAGGGAGGAUGGGUACUUGUUGGGAUUGGACAAUUUGAUUGGCAUCUUGGAAAGCAUCACUGAAAGAUGAGUUGAGAAAGGCACAAGACUUGCAGGGCUUCUCUGUAACUUUCUGCUUUAUUGAAGUAGAAGGAAACCUUUAACUCCAAACUCCUGAGGUCCUCAGUGCAGAGGGAGCUGCAUCCAGAACCCAGCAGUCAGUGAUCAAAGUUACUUUGCAUCAGCCCUCUGUGAACCUAAAUGAAUCACUCCAGAUUGGUCUGUAUUGCACCAGAUGAACUUGAGACUGGUCCUCAGAGAAUGAGGAUCUCCAUACUCGGGAAUCACACCAGCGUGAGUCAAGAGGUCUGUGUGGGAAACCAGAAUGAUUAUGGUUUCUGGCAAAAUGAGACUCCAAAUUACUUCUUAGAGAACCAGGGCAAAUGCUUGGGAACUCAGGGCAGGAAAAACCAUUGUUCAGGGAACUGCAUAAUUUUGAAACCAGAAUGGUUUUUUUCCUCUCUAAUUCCGAGUCCUCUUGCUCCUCUGUACACUAUAGGUUGGACCAACAACUUCUGCUGCAUUAUGUUACAAUGUGAGCAAGGUGCAAAUGGGUGAUAAUCAAGAGAAACUGGGAGCAAAGAGAGAGCAGUUUGUAGUGGUUUGAUGUGGCUAACUGCUGUUGGUCAUUUCUCCCCUUCCCUUAGCCUUGCCUCUCUCCAAGUACAGCCUUGGCUUUUUCUGUAGCCACUCAGGAGAUUACCAAUACUCUAGGGAGAGAAUAGCAGCCUAUCGUCUCCAAAAACAUUUGACUUUCUAACUGGGUGGGCUGUUGGAUAUGUUACUAAGUUGGAGAGUUAAGCCUCUGGCAGCUGAUCUGCAGCUCCAAAAAUCACUAAUGAUCUUUCACAAGACUGGUCAGGGAACUAAGUUUUUUUUCCAAGGCUUGUUUAUUUUUGAAGAUAAAACCGCUAUACACAUGCACACACUAGUAGUCAGCAACCAGUGUGAUCUCUGAAGAUCAUGGUUUGACUCUCCUAAUGCACGUGACUUCUUGGCCAUGUUCCUGUUCUCAAAUAUGAUGCUGCCACUUACAUGUAUAAAGUGGCACACCAAUCAGGGAGGUCAUGUUUCUGCAUUCACAGCAUUACACAAUGACGAGAUAAUUCCCAGGCAUCCUUCCUCCAAGGUAUCAGCUGUUAUCUCCAGGCAGUUUGGGUGAAGGAAUGUCAAUAUAUUAUAUCCUAUAAUAAUAAUUCCCAUCUGGAAUCACAGGGUGAUCUGUGCUUCAUUCUUUUGCUUUGGUCCAGGCAUAGCCACAGAAAACUUGUUUCUUGCAAUGGCUUCACAUCCCUUCUCUCUUGGUUGCCUCUAGUCACUGGAACAGGUUUUUGUAUACUGGCAGUAUAAAUACUAUCCUAAGUCACAUGUUGAUUCACAUUCCAGGUUUUAACAUCAAUAAUGUGGUCAUGCAGUUUUCACGAUGCAGGUAAGAGUUACAUUACCAGUUGAUGGUUAAAACCCUUUCAACAUCUAGAGGUAGUAAUGCACGUUGAUCAGAAAUUCCUGUCUUUUGCUGAUGUCCUGUGCUCAGAAAAGAGCCUGAGAACUUUGAUAUAUGAAGGUAACUCCACUUUUGGGAAACUGCUGUUUUCAUAAUAGUUGAUAUCAUAAACAAAAAAAACUACUAUAGAGUCCAGAUCUGGAAUAAAAUCUGUAAUACUUGUAAGUAGUGUUGGAAAGCCUAUAAUAAUUUCUAAAAAAGUUACUUUAUGUAACACACUACUGUAUUAGAAGAUCAGUCAGAUUUAAUUACAUUUUUUCAAUUCUAAACAAAACAGGAGUAUUGAAAAUUGAAGCUCAGUUAUGAUGUAAAAGUUAGAUGACGUAGAGUGGGUAUUCUAUAGCCAGUAAUGACAUGUGGAAAUAUUUCAUCUUAAAUCAGAAGUUGUCUGAAACUGGUAAUUAUUUUUUCAGUUCACUGCAAAUUCAGAUGACUUCUGUGGCUUCCUUGAGCUUCUCUGUUUUAUAUUUAUUAGUAGCAUGUUAAUGAAUUUUUCACUUAGAAGUUUCAGAGUGCUUGCAUUAGGUUUUUAUGAAGUGACAGUGAGCUCAGGUUAUAUCAUGCCAGAUGCCUCCUAACUUUUGAACUGCUGUGAGAUGACAAAUGAAUCUGAAGUGAAUUCCAUAUUCCAUAUUUAAUUCCAUAGUUAAAAAAAUGUAUUUCUCCUUUUCUCCAGCCAACAGGUAAGCCACUGAAUAGCAGUGCCUAAGGAGAACAGCAAUGCUUAAGGACAAUAGCAAGUAAAUAGGUCUCACAGGCAGGACUUGAAUGACAUUGUUUUUUUUAUGAGACUGCAAUUGCAAGCUGUCCUACCAUAAUUAAAGAGAAUUAUAAAAGUUAGAAAUAAGAUUAGGAGAUUAAUCUUCAAAGUUAAAUUUCUUUCUUCUUUUACCACAUAUGUGAAUCUUCUGCACCAAUGUAACCUGUUUUCUGGAGGGGGGAUCUAAACAGUAGAGGUUGCUGUUCAAAUGUCAGAUGAGAGUUUAAGAAAAAACUUUUUGAAUGACUGUCCAGUUGUGGACCAUCUACAGUGUGGUAGCAAUAGCUUCAAAGAAAACUCCUGGUAGCACCUGGCUGGUUUUGCAGUACAUGGUCCUUGGGGAAAACAUGGAGAAGGUUCGUUCCACUGCAGUAACUAGAAAUGUCAGGGAAAAAGGAAAAUCUCUGCUAUAGCAGACACUGAUCUGGGAACUCAUUCUAGAUGAUAUAUAGUUCUAGGAAGUUAGUUUUGAAAUGGCUCUUUGUCUUGCGAGGGGAUUAGAAAGAAAGAAACACAAUCAGAUGUUGCUGUUAUGGGAAAGAAGGGGGCAGCUUUUCAUAGCAAACUGUGAGUAGGACUUCAGCUGAGCGCUGGAGCCUAAGGAGCUGAGACUGUGAGCUCAGAAGCAAACUGCCCCAGGGUAAGUUUUAGAUUGCUUGUUUCUCUUCAGGUGGCCCAGAGCACCUGUCUGUGGAAGCAGCAUGGCCUUCUUUCACUGUGGGGUAAGUUGUGUUGAGUAAGCUUCUAUUUACCAGAGAGCCAACAUGGUGCAUGUGCACAGGCAUGUAGCACAGGGGGAGUGAUGCACGGUAACCACAGAAUUUGUUCACAAGUCCAGAAUGUUGCUCAUUAAUGCAUCUGCUGAGCUAGUGCCUCGCUCUGGAGACACUGAGCAGGUGUGAUUGCACAGCAGGGUCAGAAGUGCUGGCCUAGAGGCACUUUGGUGCUGAACAGAUCACCUCUGACUUAGGUUCCCAGGUCUUUAAACUCACUGGUUAGAUGCAGCAGUGCUGUAGCUGCUGCAUUCCUUUGUGAAUCGAAAAGUAGGACUUCUCUCCCUCUGUUUCAUCACUGAGUUGGCUUUUUUUUUUUUUUUUGCCUUGGACUACUUUCCUAGGCAUUAUUUUGUUCCAAUCUGAACCUUGUGGGAAUGGUGUGAGGCUGUCCUUCAUUAGUGCCUGCAAGCUGCUGUGAGAUUCUUUGGAGGAAGGUGCAAUAUAGAAAGAAAUGCACAGAGAUUAGAUAAGUUUAAAAAUUAUGGGUGUUGAGACCCCACAGAAAUACAAAUUUGGCUGAAAUUUAACCAAAGUGGGAAAACUUAAAUCCCUCUACAUUUUGUACAGGGAGAUACUCAUUUAAAGUCUCAUCCAGUUCCUGUUAAAGGGAAAGAUUUCAAUGGGAGUUGGACCAAACCCUUAUGUAUCUCAGAGGGCUUUUGCUACUUUUUUAUUGCUGUUGUUAUUAUUUGUUAUUCUUAAGGUACUGAGAUCAAAUGGCCUGUAUCAUCCACAUGCAUCCGUUCUGAACACUACAAUGCAAUGCUGACAUUGACUGUAUUGGAUGAGUGUUUGUUACUCUGAAGUGUGUAUGCUACUAAAUAAAUGAGACUGAAGGAAAAAGACAUCUGCUAUGAUUUCGUUGUGUCAGAUUAAUAUCUAUUCUUCAAGAAUUUCCUUAGGGAAGAGAGAAAAAAUUUCAGUGUUUCUUUUGCCUUUAGGCUUUAGCAUCUGGUACUUCCUAAAGCAAAACCAGUUCUAAGACAUCUAAAGCCAAAUGGUGGAGCUUGGUUCCAAAACCUGAUGUAGUUAUUACCUUUAGAACUUGAUUUACACAAAGCUUGUCAUCUUCCUCCAAGGUAAGCUCUGUCUCAAAAAUCUCAGUGACUAGCCUACAGCACAUAACAAAAAUGGGCAGCAAGAGGCACUUGUCAGACUCAGAGUACUAAACUGUUCCCCUGGACAGUUUUGUGUGGACAUGGGGAAGAAGCACUGAACACUCCAGGACUGGCAAC